AUGGAUGGCGAUGAAAUGACGCGAGUCCUUUGGGAUGAUAUCAAAAAGCGGUUCAUUCACCCGUAUCUUGACAUUGAUCUACGGUAUUUCGAUCUAGGCCUACCAUACCGUGACCAAACCAAUGAUCAAGUUGUCCGUGAUGCCAUUGAAGCAAUCCGAGAAUUCGGGGUCGGCAUCAAAUGUGCUACGAUAAACCCAGAUAAAGCGCGGCGUGAGGAGUUUCAAUUGAGGAACAACUUGCCAUCAGCAAAUGGGUUGAUCCGCAAUGCCUUUGGUGGGACUGUAUUCCGCGAGCCUGUAGUGAUUUCACGAGUGCCUCCGCUUGUUCGGACGUGGACAAAGCCGAUUAUCAUCGGCCGACAUGCGUUUGGAGACCAGUAUUCAGGUAAAGACCUUGUUGCUCCUGGCCCUGGCAUCUUAGAGAUGGUGUACACUCCUGAAAAUGCCGACGAGGAACAAACUCGCAUCCAAGUCUUCAAGUUCGAAGGGCCUGGGAUCGCACAAACUCAGCUUAACACGGAUGAUUCUAUCCUCAAGUUUGCGCAUACCAGCUUCCGGCUUGCGCUUAGUAGGGGUCUUCCCUUGUAUGUCGCGACGAAAAAUAAUGUGAUGAAACAGUACGAUGGUCGCUUCGUUGCAGUCUUCAAAGAACUGUACGAGACUCAGUACGAGCCUGAGUUCAAAAAGCAGAACAUCUGGUACGAGCAUCGUCUCAUUGAUGAUAUGGUAGCGUACAUGAUGAAGAGCGAGGGUGGGUUUGUCUUGUCUCUGAAGAAUUACGAUGGUGAUGUCCAAUCCGACCUUGUCGCGCAGGGCUUCGGGUCUCUAGGCCUGAUGACCUCUGUUCUCACUACCGCAGACGGCAAAGCUUUUGAGAGCGAGGCUGCCCACGGUACUGUUACGCGCCAUUUUCGCGCGUACCAAAAAGGGGAGAAGACGUCCACAAAUCCUAUAGCAACCAUCUUUGCCUGGACGCGUGGACUGAUCCAGCGCGGCAAACUCGAUGAUUCCCCCGAUCUUGUUGCAUUUGCAGAAUGCCUGGAGAAGGCGUGCAUUGACACAGUCGAUUUGGAUGGCAUAAUGACUAAAGAUCUGGCCAUCUCGGCUGGGCAACCAGAGACAUAUGUGAUGACGGACGAGUAUUUGGAUGCGACAGAACAGCGGCUGAAGAACAAUGGCAGCAGCUCCAAGGAGAAACCACCACAAAAUGCGGAGGCAGCGCGCCAUUCUGUUUUCCCCAAAGGCACUCGAAUCUGGAUUGUCACCAUGGCCGCCAUAUGCGGCAUGGUCUCGCCGCUGUCUGGAAACAUCUAUUAUCCUGCACUCAAUCCAUUAUCGGUUGACCUUCAUGUCAGUCAGUCACUGAUCAACAUAUCUCUCACCACCUACAUGAUAUUACAAGGUAUUUCUCCGACAUUGAUGGGAAAUCUGGCUGAUACCAGUGGCCGUCGCCCGGCGUACAUAAUUGGUUUCAUAAUCUAUCUUGGUGCCUGUAUUGGCCUUGCCCUACAGACAUCAUACCCAGCUCUGUUGGUAUUGCGUUGUCUACAGUCAACGGGGUCAUCUUCAACCAUUGCACUGGGAACAGCCGUUGCCGCUGAUGUUGCCACCGCUGCCGAACGUGGAACGUAUAUGGGCUUGGUAAAUGGAGGUGCAUUGGUUGGACCUGCCCUGGGCCCCGUUCUCGGUGGUAUCCUAGCAGCGUUUUUGGGCUGGCGGUCUAUAUUUUGGUUCUUAGUGAUCUUUGUUGGUGUACUACUUACCUUGAUGGUGUUGGCCUUUCCAGAAACAGGUCGCAACGUGGUGGGAAACGGAUCAAUUCCACCCCAGCGAUGGAAUAGAGACUUGAUCAGUAUCAUACGGGCAAGGCGGAGUCUAGCCAAGUCACAAACGCAAGCUUCGUCACAUCCUACGCAUCUGAAAGACGGUAAAAGAGGGAUCCGAAUGCCAAACCCGCUUGCAACGCUCAAAAUCCUAAAAGAAAAGGAUGUUGGGCUCCUGCUUCUAUACAAUUGCCUCGUAUAUGCCUCCUAUUUCAGUGUCACCAGCAGUCUUCCAUAUGUUUUUCAGCAACAAUACGGAUUCAACGACCUGCAAAUCGGAUUAACUUACCUUCCCUAUGGUAUCGGAGCAUUAAUGGCCUCGCUGUUCAAUGGGCGAGCUUUAGACUGGCGAUUUCGUCAAGUUGCCAAAGCUGCUGGAUUUGAAAUAAUUAAGGGUCAGACCACUGAUACCAGACAUUUCCCUUUGGAAAAAGUGCGAUUGCCAAUUGCAUUGAUCUUGAUAUUGAUUGGAAAUUCUGCAUUGCUCUGCUAUGGAUGGGUCGUGCAAAUCCAAGCUCCAUUGGCGGCUCCUCUUGUGCUCCUUUUCUUCGUUGGCUAUUGUAUUUCCGGCAGUUUCAAUUGCUGCAGCGUCGCAUUGAUUGAUUAUUACCCAAUGUCUCCGGCAACAGCCACAGCGGGUAACAAUCUCUGUCGUUGUCUGCUGGGCGCCGGGGAAGCAGCCGUCAUCAUCCAGAUGAUUGACUCGAUGGGAUACGGUUGGUGCUUUACAUUCAUUUCAUUGGUCAUAUUUGCUACGACGCCGAUUCUAACGGGAGUUCAGCUCAGCGUUUUUGGUUUCUUCGUCUUCCUUAUCAUCCUCUUCAUCGACAAACAAUUCCGCGUCCUACCGAAUUCCAUUCAUGGCCAUCUGCCGACCCAUCACCCGGGCUUUGUCGUUACGGACGUUACGAUCGUGACCUGCUCGUCUAUAAACCUUUUCUCGAGUUGUACCCUUGACCCGUCGGUGUGGUCCCGCGUCGACAAGGAUCUCUACCUCGAUAAUACGUGGACAUCUGCCGCCUAUGUACAUUUCCAGCGAAAACGGGAGGAGGAACUCCUCGAAACUGAUAAAGUGGUAAUCGAUCUGCGAAUCAGUAGGUUCAAUCCGGGACUACUGGAUUCCAAGACAAAGAAUCCGAGGGGCGGUGCGCCCAACGCCAUCGACUCGAAUGAAAAUGACUGGGAAGCGAGACCCGGCGGAAUAUGGUUGAGGCGCAGUUCUGAGCCGCAUGUGAGCGAUUCGAAGCAGGCUCUUACGUCGGUUGAUGUCUUAUUUGGAGCGGACGCAGUCGAUCCGCGACCCCAGUGGGAGGUGAAAGAUACUUUUGUGCUGUUGAAUAGUUUGACGGAGGCGACGGAAGCACGACUCACGGUUCGAAGGGGGGUACCACCAGUGUUGAAGAAGCCAGAGCUCAGAAUAAACGAUAGCGAAAGGUUCAAGAUUAUGCAGGCGGCGGAUCUACAUCUGAGCACAGGAACUGGCGCUUGCAGAGAUCCAGUGCCUGAAGAAAGAGUACCGGGAGAAAAAUGUGAAGCUGAUCCUCGAACAUUGGACUUUGUUGAGAAACUCUUGGAUGAGGAGAAGCCGGACCUCGUGGUGUUUUCGGGUGACGAAGUCAAUGGCGAGACGUCUAAAGAUGUCCAAAGCGCUGUUUUCAAAUUCGUCAAGCCGCUUGUCGAUCGAAAGAUCCCGUACGCCGCUAUUUUUGGUAAUCACGACGACGAAGGAAAUCUCAACCGGGCGCAGCUAAUGGCGCUUCUCGAAGAAUUGCCGUAUUCAGUAUCUACCGCUGGUCCGGACGAUGUCGACGGUGUCGGAAAUUACAUUGUCGAGGUAAUGGGUCGGUCGAGUGCCCAUCAUUCCGCUUUGACUUUAUAUCUUCUUGACACACAUUCUUAUUCGCCAGAUGAGCGUCAAUUCCGGGGCUAUGACUGGAUUAAACCGAGCCAGAUAAAAUGGUUCAAGACUACAUCUCAGAGUUUAAAGAAGCAGCAUAAUCAAUACAGCCAUAUGCAUAUGGAUAUGGCUUUUAUUCAUAUUCCGUUACCUGAGUAUCGUGAAGAUACCAACUCGUGGAAAGGUAAUUGGCUGGAAGCACCGACAGCCCCGGGCUUCAACUCUGGAUUUAUGGAUGCUCUCAUAGAAGAGAAUAUUCUAUUCAUUCAUAGCGACCACGUCAACGACUACUGCAUGCUCAACCGAGACAUGAACAACAAACCAAACAUAUGGAUGUGCUACGGCGGUGCCUCGGGUUUCGGCGGCUACGGCGGCUAUGGAGGUUUCAUCCGGCGCAUGCGAUUUUACGAAUUCGACAUGGGCCCCGGCAGAAUUGUGACAUAUAAACGUCUUGAAUAUGGCGAUACCGAGUCGCGGAUUGACGAGAUGAUGAUUGUCGAUGCGGGUCAGGUUCGAGCUUGA